GCCUGUCUCAUCCUUUUUACAUUCUUUGACUCACUGGGGGCAACAUCUGGACUGUAUGUGUACACACUGCAUUCUCCCGGUCUGCAGUAUUGCACAGUAAACCAAAAGAAAAGAGGCCGAGGUCAGAGUCUCCUUGCUUUCCUGCCAGUAGGUUCAGCUGACAUGUGAAGUUAGCGUCCACCAGUCGUCAGUCUGUGACCUCAGGGGCAGCCUGAUGCAAACGCCAGCUGAAAUUAGCCCUUUCCACCAUGGACGUGAUGGGACAACACAGCUCCGGUAAUGACAAAGAAGAUGUGGAAUUGGUGGCAUCGAGCAGCCUCUUGUAGGGGCAAAGAAGAAGAAAGGAUGAGGAGGUUUCAGUGAAAGAAGAAAAGAGGAUGGAUGGGUGAAACGUGAGGGAGUAUUUUUGUAUAGGGGAACAUUGUGAAGGGAUAAGAAAAAUGUACACAAGAAUGAACAAGAGGUAAAAAGUGAGAACCAGAGCGAAGAGUGUAGUGCAGCAUAAGGCGGAGAGAGCUGUAAAAAAUAGAGAGAUAUUGUAUGUGGAUCCUAACAAAGCAGAAAGUGCAAGAGAGGAGGUUGAGGAGAAAAUUAGAGGGAAGAGAAAACCUGCAUGGGGCAGGCUGGAAGAGGGAGGCAGAGUUGUAAACAGAAGGGUUGGAAAGGCAGCGAGGAAGAAAGUACAGAAUCGUUGCCACUUGAUGGAAAGCUGGAUAGCAGCGAGUGGAUGUGCCAUGGGAUGGAGAGGAAACAGUCUGAGCAAAGGAGAAAGAAAUAGAAGCAUGUCAUCACCUGCACCAUGAGGGCUUCAAAGAUUGAGGCUAAGGAGGCUUGUGAUUGGCUUAGGGCAGCGGGAUUUCCACAGUACGCCCAGCUCUAUGAAGAUUCCCAGUUCCCAAUUGAUAUUUCCUCAGUGAAAAGGGACCACGACUUUUUGGACCGAGAUCUGGUGGAACCUCUAAGUCGACGUCUAAAUACUCUGAACAAGUGUGCCUCCAUGAAACUGGAUGUCAGCCACCCCAAGAAGAAAGGUGAUGACUCUGAUGAAGAUGACCCAUUGGCCAUCAGUAAAAGGUGGACAUUCGAGUGGAGCAGCCGACGUUGGUCUCGCCUACAAGACUUCCUGUUGGACAGCACCAAUGAAAGCAGCCCGACCGGUCAGGGGGAGGGUCUGCACAGCACAGUGAGCAGUGAGAGUGUGCUGACAGACCUGAGUGAGCAAGAGAUCACAGAAAUCUCCUCCCUACACAGCGAGGACUCCGCCUCCGCCAUGCCUGACUCUAUAUCUAUGGCAUCCCUCUCCGCUUCCUACCAACCACCCAGGGAACUUCCACACUACAACUCCCUGCCAAUCAAGAGCAGUCGCCAUGGGCAAGGCGGGCGGAGUAAAGCCAAAGAGUUUUUGCGUCGUAUGGAACUUAUGCGCACCUGGGGACCGUCGACGAGGCGGAAAAGCUCAAAUCGCAGGCCACCACUGGUCAUCAGUGGGCCGGUGUUACAGGGAGAGGAGCCUCACGCGCUGCAGAUGCUCCAGUGUACUCCCAUCAGCCAGUUAGAACACAGCCCUAAACACAACAGCCAAACUGAUGGUGAUGCUUCCUCUGUCUCCAUUACCGAUGAUUGCAAAGGUCAAUCCGAGGUGAGUGUGAGCCCCAGCAGUGAGACAGUGGCACCCAGUGUGAAGGAGCCCGUGUGUACAAAACCCCGCACUGCCAGCAAGAGAAGCAGCAUGUAUCUGGAAGAUAUGGAGCUGCCCUCUCAGGGUAAGAGGACUGAGGGACAGAGCCAGUUUGGCAGAAACCAGUUUCGCUCAUAUGAAAACCUCCUCGUUCACAUCCCGAAAGACCAUAAACCAGGCACCUUUCCAAAAGCUCUAUCCAUAGAGAGCCUUGUGCCUUCCCCUGAUGACAGGAAUAACGGGGCCCAGUCACGGGACAAAACUUCUCCAUCCAAAAAUGGCCUGCGUGAGCCCUGGUCUGGUAAACCUCUGUCCAAACCCCCCUGUCCGGGAGCUCCUAGGGGCAGCAGGGUGAGUGUAUAUGACAACGUGCCGGGCUCCCAUCUUUACGCCAGCACAGGAGACUUGCUGGACUUAGAGAAAGAGGACAAUCUGUUCCCUCACCUAGAUGACAUCAUCCAGCACGUUAGUGGUUUGCAGCAAAUAGUUGACCACUGGAGCCGCAGUGUGCUGCCCGAGGGUGAGACAGGGGAGGGGGAGGAGGAAGGGGAGGGCAGGACCACCCCAAGUGAGGGGGAGAGAGAUGGGGUCUCCUUGAAUGACACUGAUUCGACAGGGACCAGUCGGGAGAGGCGGGACUCUGGAUUCGGGGCCUCGCUGACAAGACCACGCCUACGAUGGCCUAGUUUCAGGACUUCUGAUCAUCUCAACCAGCCAGCAUCUUCCCUGCAGAUCGGCAGCCAAUCAGCAGGCCAGCUCAGCCUGCUGCAGAAGUUCUCUUUGCUCCGUCUCACGGCCAUCAUGGAGAAAUAUUCAAUGUCUAAUAAACAUGGCUGGACAUGGUCUGUUCCCAAGUUUAUGAAGCGCAUGAAGGUGCCAGACUACAAAGAGAAGAGUGUGUUUGGUGUUCCCCUCAUCAUCCAUGUCCAGCGCUGUGGUUUUCCGCUCCCUCUGUGUUUACAGCAGGCCCUCUGCCACCUCAGAACACACUGUCUGGACCAGGUGGGAUUGUUCCGCAAGUCCGGCGUGAAGUCUCGUAUUCAGGCUCUGAGGCAACAGUGUGAGCUGUCCCCUGACUCUGUGAGCUACGAGGACCAAUCAGCGUAUGAUGUGGCCGACAUGGUCAAACAGUUCUUCAGAGACUUGCCAGAGCCUCUGCUAACAAGCAAGCUGGGGGAAACCUUCCUGCAUAUUUACCAGUAUGUCCCAAAAGAGCAGAGGUUGCAGGCCGUCAGAGCAGCCAUUUUGUUGAUGCCAGACGAAAACAGGGAGGUUUUGCAGACGUUGCUCUCCUUUCUGCGUGAUGUCACUUCCUUGGUGGAGGAGAACCAGAUGACACCGAUGAACCUGGCUGUUUGUCUGGGACCUUCGCUCUUCCACCUCAGCAUAUUGAAGAACGAGACGCUGUCGCCAAGGUCAAUCCAGAGGAAGUACACCACAGGCCGCCCCGAUCAGAAAGACCUUAGUGAGAACCUGGCCGCCACCCAGGGUCUGGCACACAUGAUCAUUGAGUGCCAGCGUCUCUUUCAGAUCCCAGAGGAGAUGGUGACCCAGUCUCGCAACUCCUACAUGGAGGCUGAGCUGAUGGUGCCCCCACUGGACGAGCUGUGCAAGGUUCACGAGGAAGAUGUGGAUGAGGACGAGGAAGAGGAGGAUGAGGAAGGAUCCUAUCAUGCACACCUUGAAAGGCUUGUCCAGAACCUGCUGGAAGAGGCCAAAGAUAAGAGCAAAGGCUGGGUGUCUCGCUCAACUACUGAUUAUACAGAACUGGCAUUUAAAAAGGUGGGAGAUGGUAACCCUCUGAGACGGUGGCGAGUGUGUGUUGAGGUGUCGGCAACUCCCAAUGAGGUGCUGCAGCGGCUGCUGAGAGAGCGCCCCCUGUGGCAGACUGAGCUACAGCAGGAGAAGGUUCUGGAGACGCUGGAUAAACAGACAGACGUGUACCAAUACUCCUGCUGCAACAUGGCACCUCAACCCAGCUGCGACUAUGUGGUACUAAGAUCAUGGCGCACAGACUUGUCUAAAGGCUCCUGCGCGUUGGUGUGUGUGUCCGUCGAACAUGAUGACAGCCCACGCGUGGGAGCAGUAAGGGCGGUGGUGCUGGAGUCACAAUACCUCCUCGAGCCAUGUGGGACUGGGAGGACCAGGCUCACACAUAUCUCCAGAGUGGACCUCAGGGGAAGGUCUCCAGAAUGGUACAACAAGGCUUUUGGUCACCUGUGUGUUAAUGAAGUCCAGAUGAUUCGCUCCUCUUUUCAACCGAUAGAUCAGACGAGCACUGAGGCUAAGAUCUGAACCUCAGAGAUCAAGCUUUGUCUUGGGUCACACUUCCAGAGCAGUUGGGCCUGAGAACCAGUGACCCAGGACGGAACUCAUCCAGGCAGUGUCUUUUCACGCUGCUGAGCCACACUGAGGUUUACUGUACCUUACUGUACUGAGUUACAGUCAUUCACACACACAAGGGAAGGGAGGAGUGUUUUUUUUUUGUAUAUUACUUCUUAUUUAUCUCAUAAAUUAUCAUUUUAAAAUCCCUUUUUGUAAACCACGGAACAAAUGCUGGUUUCCAGUUCCAAAUAUGAAACCACUAAUUUGAUUUUCUUUGCAUAACCAUUGAUGUUUCAUAUAAUUGGCUUGCAACCAUGUGCAUUACGUAAGGUUGUGUGGACAGAAACAAUUUUCAGUUUCAAUUGCUCUGGGUCAUUCUUCCAAAUCCUCAUCUACUAAUCCAAUAUCCUGCAAAAAAAGAUGACCUUAUAAGACAGGAAGUACCAGCUGUGAUCAUGAGAUGGUUGCCAUAGUGUUCGGGUUAAUGUUGAAUAUGUAACACCUUAAUUUAAAAAUUGUUAUUGUAAUAGAGUACCUACCUGGAACUUACACAUAUAUAUGACUGUUUCUGAAAAUCUGAAAAAGGUUACAGUUGAAAUCCUGUAUUUGUAUUGAUUAAUUUUAGAACACUAAUGUCACAUAAAAUGUCACAUGGCCUGCCAGUGAAAUAUAAAUGACUCAUUUGAAUGAAACAAUUUUUCCUCUCAAAUGUAUUAUUGAACAGACCUAAUCUGCGUUCAUCACGGUCAGUCAAAACAGACAUUACAAAAACAACACUGACAAUAUUUGGUAUUGACAUCUUAUUCCUGUAAAAGUCACACUUUUUUAAUGAAUUUGUCCAUCUAUAAACUAAUGCAAACUGGAGCAGCUUUUUACUCCUCCUACAAUACUGUUAACUUCCACAAGUACAGAAACAUAAAUCCCAGUUCAUCCUGUCAAUAGGAAUUACCAGGACCAGUACAAUAUGGGUACAUGUCAGCGUUACAUUAUGAAAUGUGCACUAGUUCAGGAAAGUACAUGAGGAAUCUGGAUCACAGAAAAAGGAAACACUCAUCGGGUCCAUAAAUGUACAUUGUGUUUAAUAUCACUGUUGAUUUAGUUCUCUGUCACUAUUUUCAGUGUUAAACUUAUCUACAUGUUAUUUUAAAGUUAUAAUUGUCAUUAUAUCAAUGUAUAUGGUUUCACUUUUGCUUUUUCUUGCUGUCAUGUUAUACAAUGUCUAAGACAUGUGACCAUUUCACUGCUUCUGGGAAGCAUGUUUGAAAUUGUGUGUGCCCGUGUAUCUGCAUUUUAGAUAUACGUACAGCCUGUAUUGUAAAUAUAAAUGACGCUUUCUGUGCCAGCAGAUCAAACAUCAUAGCUUUUUAGGGUCUUCCUAUCAUAUUGAUAAACAGAAAUGUGAACUUUUCACACACCAUCCUACUAAAGCAAUAGCAGACUAAAGCUUGCUCUGCCAUGGCACUGCCUUGGCUUUUUUUUUUGUUACGGCUGUAGGCAGCGUUGCUAUGGUGUUGCUAUGAUACAGUAUCUCUACAGUGCAACCAAAAUCCUACAUGGAUGCUGUUUGCUGAGAAGUAGUGUGGUGUGUGUGUGUGUGUGUAAAUAUGCGUGUAUGAAAGAGACAAAAAGACAAAGAGUGAGUGAGUGACUCUGACGUGAGCCCGUGGCUGUGUAGGGAGAGACUUUAAAUCUAGCUGAGUAGCUGAGACCAGGUCUGCUUGGUUAUUUCUGGCAAAGUGACAGAAAACAGAACCAUUGUUUCUAAACAAGAGAAUAAAAA